CGCAAAAAAUCACCCAAGUAAGAUUCAGUCUUCCAUCAACAUCUCUAUGUUUUACCCUUUCUGAUCUUUUUAAAUUUUGUUUUCUCUCUCCAAUAAAUUUUUUUGUGUUUUGCUUUUUCUUUUUUGUCUAGAAGAAGAACCCGUCAACUGCAUAGACUCGCAGUGAUAUUUCGCUAACAAACACACUGCAUGUUCCUUACUCCCGGCUUCCCAGCAAUUCCAUCCAAACAAUGAUGAUAAAGUCUUCGCCCUUUCACUCACUUCUAUUCUCACCCUGCCAUGGCUAUCACCACCUCCUUAAAACUCUUUUUCCUCCUACUACACUUCUCCACACGCCUCCAAGCCUACACCUCAGAGGAAGUAUUUACCAUCAAUUGCGGCACAACCGGAAAGUCCUCUGAUGGUCAAAGAACGUGGACCGGUGACGAAGACACAAAGUACUUAACUUUCCAAGACACCACCGUUUCAGACAAGGCGAUAACACAGUCUCCUUCAGCCAAUCAAGUCCCCUUCUCCACUGCACGCUUGUCCCGUUCCCAAUUCAAUUACUCCUUCCCUGUCUCCCCAGGCUCCAAAUUCCUUCGCCUCUUCUUCUAUCCUGCUGACUACUCCUUCUUUCCCCGCACUCAAGCAUCUUUCCACGUUCAAUCCAAUCAAUUCACUCUCCUCAACGCUUUCAACGCCUCUCUUAACACCGACGCUCAAGCCACCGACACUGUUUUCAGAGAAUACGUCGUCAACGUCAACGACGGUGAGAGGCUUAUCCUCACCUUCACUCCCUCGCACCCAAACUCCUACGCUUUCAUCAAUGGAAUCGAGGUGCUUUCCAUGCCAACCGAUUUAUAUUACACACCAGAAAAUGACACAGGCUUCACGAACAUCGGGAUUAGCACCCUGUACAGUGUUGGAACCAGCUUUGCUCUUCAGACUGAGUAUAGAAUCAAAGCCGGAGGACAAGAAAUCUUGCCAUAUAACGACAGCGGUUUGUUCAGGGAUUGGGCUGCCGAAGAACGUUACUUUAUCAAAUACAAUCCAGAGAAUGAUGAUCUACUAGCUGACAUGGAUGGGAAAAUGAACAUAACCGUGAAUCCCGAUUACGUGGCACCAAAGGAACUUUUCAGAACAGCGCGUAGCAUGGGCAGAUACGCCACUCUGAACAGAAUGAGCAACCUCACUUGGGAGUUCCCCGUUGAUUGUGGCUUCACUUACGUUCUCAGACUCCACUUCUGCGAGCUUGAUCCCUAUAUUAAUGACAUCGGUGACAGGCAGUUCUAUAUUUACAUAGCGAGCCAGUUGGCUGAAGUACGUGCAGAUGUAAUGAAAUGGAGUCAGAAACAAAAAGGUCUAGUUGUGCAUAAAAAUUAUGCCGUUUUUAUUCCCCAGAAUGGUUCUCAGAAAAAGUUUAAUCUCUCUCUUCAAAUGCAGCCUGACGGAAGCAACGUGGAUUCUAAAUACGCAAACGCCUUACUUAACGGUCUCGAGAUCUUCAAAAUCAGCAACUCAAACAACCUAGCUGGUCCAAACCCAGAUCCGGUUCAGACUCCACAGAACAACAUUCCAGGCCAAAACGGAAAGACCAUAGCAGGGGUGCUGUCUGGCGUCGUUUUGAUCUUGAUAAUCGUUUUCCUUGUAGUGUUUUUACGAUACAAGAGAAACACUUAUACUAAGAGCAGGGAUUGCGAAUCCAAGUCAACGACCAUCUUCCUGCCGACAGAUCUCUGCCGCCGCUUCUCCUUCGCCGAGAUGAGAGCGGCCACCCAAAACUUCGACGAAGUCUUGAUCGUCGGCACCGGGGGAUUCGGCCAAGUGUACAAGGGCUAUAUCGACGAGGGCUCCGUUCCCGUAGCCAUCAAGCGCCUUAAACCGGAUUCGCAGCAAGGGGCUCGCGAGUUUCUGAACGAAAUUAAGAUGCUCUCACAACUUCGCCACCUCAAUGUCGUGUCCCUCAUCGGCUACUGCAACGAUAAUAAGGAAAUGAUCUUGGUCUACGAUUUCAUAACACGUGGCAACCUCCGUGACCAUCUAUACAACACGGAUAACCCAGCUAUAUCGUGGAAGCAGCGGUUGCAGAUCUGCAUCGGCGCGGCGCGUGGACUUCAUUAUCUUCACACAGGCGCGAAGCACACGAUCAUUCACCGGGACGUGAAAAGCACGAACAUCCUGUUGGACGAUAACCUCUCACCACAAACCAUGGCUAUCUUAACACUCUUCUUUUUUCUUCUACCCUUCUCCACACACCUCCAAGCCUACAUCCCAGAGGAAGUUUUCACCAUCAAUUGCGGCACCACCGGGAACUCCUCCGACGGUCAAAGAACGUGGACCGGCGACGCAGACACAAAGUACUUAUCUUCCCAAGAUAUCACCGUUUCAGACAAGGCCCCAACACAGUCUCCUUCCGCCAAUCAAGUCCCCUUCUCCACUGCACGCUUGUCAAGUUCCCAAUUCAAUUACUCCUUCCCUGUCUCCCCAGGCACCAAAUUCAUUCGCCUCUUCUUCUACCCUGCUGACUACCCUUCCUUUCCCCGCACCCACGCAUCCUUCUCCGUUCUAUCCAACCAAUUUACUCUCCUCAACGAUUUCAACGCCUCUCUUAACGCCGACGCUCAAGUCAUGGACACUAUCUUCAAGGAAUACGUGGUCAACGUCAACGAUGGUGAGAGGCUUAUCCUCACCUUCACUCCCUCGUUUCCAAACUCUUACGUUUUCAUCAAUGGUAUCGAGGUACUUUCCAUGCCAACCGAUUUAUAUUACACACCAGAAAAUGAGACAGGCUUUACGUUCUUCGAAUGUAGCACGCUGUACAGCAUUGGAACCAGCUUUGCGCUUCAGACUGAGUAUAGAAUCAAAUCUGGAUGGCAAGUAGAAAUCCCACCACAAAAAGACACUGGUUUGUUCAGGAAUUGGGUUAACGAAAAACCUUAUUUUAUUGAACAAAAUUCACACUUGAAUGAUGUAUCAACUGACUACAGUAAUAUGACGAUAACCGUGAAUCCUUAUUACGUGGCACCAAAGGAACUGUUCAGAACAGCGCGUAGCAUGGGCACAAACGCCACUUUUAACAGGAUGAGAAACCUCACUUGGGAGUUCCCCGUUGAUUGUGGCUUCACUUACGUUCUCAGACUCCACUUCUGCGAGCUUGAUCCCUAUAUUAAUGACAUCGGUGACAGGCGAUUCUUCAUUUACAUAGCGAGCCAGUUGGCUGAACCAGGUGCAGAUGUAAUGAAAUGGACUCAGAAACAAAAAGGUCUAGCUGUGCAUAAAAAUUAUGCCGUUUUGAUUCCCAAUAUUGGUACUCAAAAGAAGUUUAAUCUCUCCCUUCAAAUGCAUCCUUCCGAACACUCGAGAUACAGCGACGCCUUUCUGAACGGUGUUGAGAUUUUCAAAGUCAGCCAGGCCGGGUCAAACAGUCUCGCGGGACCCAACCCAGACCCGUCUCAAACUCCAGACAUCAGCAUUCAUGGCCAAAACGGAAAGAUCCGCAGGGGUAGUGGAACGGAUAUAAUUGAAGUCGACGUGGGGCUGGUAUCCGGCGUUGUUCUGAUUUCUCUUGCCGUUUUCCUUGUCGCAUUUUUACUAUACAAGAGAACACCUUAUACUAAGAGCAAGGAUUACGAAUGCAAGUCAACGACCACGCGGAAUUCCUCCCUCCCGACAGAUCUCUGCCGCCGCUUCUCUCUCGACGAGAUGAGAGCGGCCACCCAAAACUUCGACAAAGUCUUCAUCAUCGGCACCGGAGGAUUCGGCCAGGUGUACAAGGGCUAUAUAGACGAGGGCUCCGUUCCCGUCGCCAUCAAGCGCCUUAAACGGGAUUCGCAGCAGGGGCCUCGCGAGUUCUCGAACGAAAUCAACAUGCUCUCGCAACUACGCCACCUCAAUGUCGUGUCCCUCAUCGGCUACUGCAACGAUAAUAAGGAAAUGAUCUUGGUUUACGAUUUCAUGACACGUGGCAACCUCCGCGACCAUCUGUACAACACGGACAAUCCCCCUAUCUCGUGGAAGCAGCGGUUGCAUAUCUGUAUCGGCGCGGCGCAUGGACUGAACUAUCUCCACACAGGAGCGAAGCACACGAUCAUCCACCGGGACGUGAAAACGACGAACAUCCUAUUGGAUGAUAAGUGGGUGGCAAAGGUUUCGGACUUCGGACUUUCAAGGCUGGGGCCUAUUGGAACUUCGAAAACCCACGUCAGCACCGAUGUGAAGGGUAGCUUCGGAUAUUUGGAUCCUGAGUAUUAUAAACGAUACCGUUUAACGGAAAAGUCCGACGUGUAUUCUUUCGGGGUUGUGCUUUUUGAGAUACUGUGUGGUCGUCCGCCUUUGAUUCACAGUGCGGAGAGGCAACAGGUGUCGCUUUCUAAUUGGGUGAGACAUUGUUACGAAAGUGGAACCAUAGCAGAGAUUGUUGAGCCGACGUUGAAGAAGGAGAUUGCAGCAGAGUGCUUAAAGAAGUUUUGUGAGAUUGGGGUGAGUUGUUUGUUGGAAGAUGGGUCGCUGAGGCCGUCCAUGGAGCAUGUGGCGGCGAUGCUAGAGUUUACUCUGGAGCUACAAGAAAGUGCGGAGCAGCGCCAAAAUGUUAAUGUUGCUAUUCCUAACUGA